UGCAGCCUGGCAAGGGGAGCUUGUGAAAUUCAAAUGGACCUUUAAGUGUUUUGUUUUUAAACAAUUUGAAUUAACUUACCAUACACCAUGGCGAAUUGUGGUGCUGGUGGUGGCGGCGCCAUCGAUGGCAUCUACUCCAUUCGCCUGGUCAUAGCAGAUUUCUAUAUGGAAAAGCCCAUAUUUGGCUUGGAUCCCUGCUACUCGGAACUGCGCGGCAAAGAAAUUAAAAAGGUGCCCAUUGUACGCAUAUUUGGUGGCAAUUCCCUGGGCCAAAAGACAUGCAUGCAUAUCCAUGGUGUUUUUCCCUAUUUCUAUAUACCAUAUGAUAAAAGAGAUUUUGAAUCCUUGGAGCGUGGCAUACUACAGAUAGCCAUGAGCUUGGAUAAGGCUAUCAAUAUAUCCCUGGGACAGGGCAGCUCAAUGGCUCAGCAUGUGUUCAAAAUACAAUUAGUCAAGGGCAUUCCUUUCUAUGGAUAUCAUCGUCGGGAGCAUCAGUAUUUAAAGAUUUUCAUGUUCAAUCCGAGAUUCGUUCGACGAGCCGCCAACCUUUUACAGAGCGGAGCUAUAUUGGGCAAGAAUUUCUGUCCCCAUGAGUCGCAUGUGCCUUAUAUCCUGCAAUUCAUGAUAGAUUACAAUCUAUAUGGAAUGAGCUAUGUGCAUAUCCCGCUGGAGGUUGUUAAAUUUCGCCGCAAAAACGAGGAAGAAGUUAUACCUUACGAGCAAGUGAAGCCGCAACAACUAUUGGAUCCAAUGAAAGUGAAAAAGGUAGCUUGCAGUUCUCUGGAAGUGGAUAUUAGCUCAAAUUUUAUAUUAAAUCGCUUUCAAAUGAUGGUAAAGAAGUCUGGCAAAGGUAAUCAAACGAAUCCCGGCAUAGAGGCCAUUUGGAACGAUGAGCAAGUGCGAAGACAAAAGAUGACCGAAAAGGAGCUUCCCGCUCUGCAGCUACCGCCUACCCAAGACCGUCCCCACAUAGAAGUGGCCGAGAGUGAUAUAUUUUAUCGCACUGCAUUGGAGAGCAAACUUUUGACCCUAGAACAAUCGUUGAUAUCAGCAGCCGAUCAAACAUUAGCCGAUCAGACACAUCUUGGUACUUCACAAUUGGCAAACUCCUCAAAGGAACAACGACGUACCUUCAAUCUGCAGAAGUUGCUAACAAAUGCAGUGUAUCCGGAAGAAUGUUCGCAGGAUCAACAGCAACAACUAAUGAAUGCUUCGUGCAUACCAAAUCAUUUGUCCAACCCAAGUACCCUUAUAAGCAGUUCGUCUCACGAAGAGAUUGAGGCAUCUUACCUAGAUGAUACUCUGGUGGAUGAAGAGCUUAACAUUGGAGGAGUUCCACACGAAGCCAGCUUUCGGGAAGAAGAUUUGGAGCUAUUGGAAGUGCUGCAACAGCUAGAAGAGCAAAAUGGGGAACAAGAACCAAACGAUUCACCCAUAGAUUUGGAUAGUUCAUUGGCCCCGUUGUCGCAACAUCACCAAAAAAAUAUACAUUCGGGCCAGUUAAAGGUAAAUGAAGUUCCAGUAGCAAAUGAUAAUGAAAGCAACUCCGAGGAUGACGAUGACGAUGCGGAGGCGUCAACUAAAGGUAGUAAACAUGACUUCUCGAUGGCCUUGGAUGAUAUCGAUGAGCUAUUAUUGAAGCUAACACAAAGUCAGCCGACGAUGGAGGUCCAAAGAAACGAAUCGUCACUCAAUCUACCUCAAAUCGAUGGCGUUGAUGAUCGUUUACAAAUGACUCCAACUAAACACAAGCGAAGUCCUCCCAAGACACCCAAAUCGAAGAGUGCAGCAAAAAAAUAUGCCCCAUUACCUAUAAUCUUCACAAGCAGCUCGGCUAAAAAAAAUUCUGAGGAUAAUGCUACGGAACCGGCAAAAAAACGAAACAAUCCACGUCUAAGCCUCCAACUGGAACCCAAAACUCCGGGAUCACAAAUUUCACUACGCAAGAAACUGGCUUUGAGUGAAAUGCGUCGAAAAAGCUGCGAGGAUUCAUUCAAGGAGAUACAAAUGGCCCAAGAAGAGUGUACGACUCCCAGGCGCAGUUCAAGACGACGCAAUCUGGACAAGACUCACAUCAUUUGUUCACUCACACCUCGUCUAAAAAACCCAUGUUUAGGAGAUAUAUUUGAAACGGCCGAUGGUAAAAAAUUAGUUGAGGAAUCUGUGGAUGGGGUAAAGAAAAGUGCCAGUAAAAGAAGCAAAAAGUGUGAUGUGGAGACAACUGAUAAACCAAAGCCACGACGCAGUGCUCGUCAUCAGAAGGAUACAGGAAACCCAUCUACAGAAACGGAACAAAGUUUAGAGAAAUCUAUUCCAAAGCCAGUAGAAAAGAAAGAAACUACUAGAAACAACAAAUUAUCUUCAGCUACGGCAGCUCCAUCACCAAAUCUUCAAUUAAACGAUGAAAAGAUUAUUACACCUGCCUUGAAAGCCAGCAAAUCCUCUUCACCACACCCUCAACACACCAAAAGUCAAAAAAAUAGACCAACAAUUCCAAAAGAGGACAACACUCCUACAAAGAAAAUGUCAUCAAGCGAGGAAGAAAUGAUAGAAUCGGAUACAGAGAAUGAUUUGCCCAAAUUGCGCAAGACACCGAAUUUGAGACGUUUGCGUCAAAGUCUAUGCCAGCAAAGCGCAACCGUUUGCACACCAACAGUCACUCCAUUAGCCAGUCCCAGUCUUAGCGAGGAUUGUCAGACACCAGAGCUAAUGCGUAGUUUCUACGAGCAUUCAUUGAUUAUUAAUAGUCCUUCGGUUUUCAGCGAGGAUAUGGAUAGUUCCCCGUUGAUUACAAAUGCCUCGAACUCCAAUUGUGUGAUAACACCUUUGGAGCAUCCACCUACCUAUGAGGAGGUUCUCCAGGGCUGUCGCAAAUUGGAUAUACCGGAGUAUGAGUUCCAACAACCAUUCUAUAGCAAUCCUGCUGAUGUUACUAAAAUAACCGAAGUCGGUUUUCUAGUGCUUCAUGUGCCGGGAAACAAAUUGAAUGAUUUGGAGCCGUUUGAAAGUGUUUUGAGUGAUCAAAGAGGUGGUUUGGCGGCAUAUCGUCGUCAACAAUUGAUCGACAUAGGCGGCCCAGCCAUAUUGCAGCGUUAUCGUAGAGAGCAAGAAAUAAGGGAAUAUUUUAGUACCAAACAAAAAGUGGCCAUAGAACCAGUUCUAAGCGCUCCCUCUCGCCAUGAGGCCAAAGUGUGGCUAAAGGCCAAGGAAAUGAUGCAACAGCAGAGAGAGCACAAGGAGCUAAUAGAUAGUCCCAUUAAGAUCAAACGACAAAAGAUUACCAUGAUGAUGAGGGAUGAGGAGGGAGCUGAUGCUGGCAGUGGCGAUGAAGUCGAUGCAGAUAUGAGUUUGACUCUAACUCCAUUAUCCCAAGUAGAUAAACCCUCUCGGCGUCAAUCACUGCGUCGUGGCAUUAAAUUAGAUUUCAAGGAAUCAGAGGAAGUCCAGUCCAGUCAGUCCAGUGAUCAAAGUGUAUCUGUUAGAGCUGCCCAAGCGGAGUUGGAUCGCUCCUCGUUUCUACAGCAAUUGGAAGAUGCACAAAAUGGACAAAAUGAUUUGAGUUUUGGCCUAAGUCAUGCUACAUUGGAUAACACAUUUGGAUUCAAAGUGAAUCUAGAGAAUCUCCAGCAGGCCAAAGCCGACAUUGAGUGUCAUUAUCUGACCAUCCUCACUCUGGAAGUUUUUGUUGUGUCACGCGGAGACUUGCAACCAGAUCCUUUGCAUGACGAAAUCCGUUGCCUAUUCUAUGCCAUCGAACAUAGUUUACCCCAAACUGAAGCCCAGAGUUUGCCAUCAAAGUGUUGCGGUUACAUAAUGGUGGACAGUCCUCAGGAUAUUGUGCCAGAGGGUUUCAAUCAUGGCCUAGAUCGAGAUAUUGAAGUUCAAGUGGUGGCCAGCGAAGUGGAAGCAUUUGAGGCUCUCCUGGCUUUGUGUGCACGCUGGGAUCCAGAUAUCUAUGCUGGCUAUGAGAUUGAGAUGUCCUCUUGGGGUUAUAUCAUAGAUAGAGCCAAGCACUUGUGCUUUAACAUUGCUCCAAUGCUCUCGCGAGUUCCCUCGCAAAAGGUACGCGAUUUUGUUGACGAAGAUCGAGAGCAAUUCACGGACUUGGAUGUCGAGAUGAAACUAUGUGGACGCAUUUUACUCGAUGUAUGGCGUCUGAUGCGCUCGGAGAUCGCUCUCACGUCGUAUAGUUUUGAAAAUGUCAUGUAUCAUAUUCUACACAAACGAUGCCCAUGGCAUAGUUCGCGUAGCCUGAGCGAAUGGUUUACCUCACCCUGCACCCGCUGGAUUGUCAUGGAAUACUAUUUGGAACGUGUGCGGGGAACAUUAACUCUAUUAGAUCAAUUGGACCUUGUAGGACGUACCAGUGAGAUGGCCAAACUGAUUGGAAUUCAAUUCUAUGAGGUGCUUUCACGAGGAUCACAAUUUCGAGUGGAAUCCAUGAUGCUGAGGAUAGCGAAGCCAAAGAAUUUGGUUCCCCUCUCGCCCAGUGUGCAACAACGUGCCCAUAUGCGUGCACCCGAGUAUCUGGCUUUGAUAAUGGAACCUCAAUCCAGAUUCUAUGCCGAUCCAGUGAUUGUGCUGGACUUUCAGAGUCUCUAUCCGAGCAUGAUAAUUGGCUAUAACUAUUGUUUCUCCACCUGUUUGGGUCGGGUCGAGCAUUUGGGGCAUAGUACACCAUUUGAAUUCGGGGCCUCACAAUUGCGUGUGUCACGCCAACUGCUGCAGCAGCUACUCGACCAUAAUCUCGUUACCAUCUCACCGUGCGGUGUGGUCUUUGUGAAGCGUGAGGUACGCGAAGGCAUUUUGCCUCGCAUGUUGAGCGAAAUUCUCGACACCCGCCAAAUGGUUAAGCAGUCAAUGAAAUUCUAUAAGGAUAGCUCAGCCCUGCAGCGUAUUCUCCAUUCCCGGCAAUUGGGUUUAAAACUGAUGGCCAAUGUCACCUAUGGCUAUACGGCUGCCAAUUUCAGUGGUCGCAUGCCGGCCGUAGAAGUGGGUGACUCGGUGGUCUCCAAGGGUCGAGAAACUCUCGAGCGUGCCAUCAAGAUGGUCGAAUCGAAUGAAGAGUGGAAAGUGCGUGUGGUGUACGGCGAUACGGAUUCUAUGUUCGUUCAGGUACCCGGACGUAAUCGAGCCGAAGCUUUUCGCAUAGGUGAGGAAAUCGCCCAGGCUGUUACCGAUAUAAAUCCUCAACCAGUGAAACUGAAAUUGGAGAAAGUCUAUCAACCUUGUAUAUUGCAAACCAAGAAACGUUAUGUCGGCUAUAUGUAUGAAUCGGCCGACCAGACGGAACCCGUAUACGAGGCCAAGGGCAUUGAGACAGUACGUCGUGAUGGUUGUCCGGCGGUGGCGAAAAUGUUAGAGAAAGUUCUCCGCCUGCUCUUCGAGACGCCGGAUGUGAGUCGCAUCAAGCAAUAUGUGUGCCGGCAGUUUACCAAGCUUCUGUCGGGCAAAGCGAAUCUGCAAGACUUAAUAUUCGCCAAGGAGUUUCGUGGCCUUAAUGGCUACAAGCCCACGGCUUGUGUUCCAGCUCUAGAACUCACACGCAAAUGGAUGCAAAGGGAUCCGCGACGCAUACCCAGACGUGGCGAAAGGGUGCCCUACAUCAUUAUCAAUGGGCCACCGGGUGUUCCUCUCAUCCGCCUAGUGCGUAGUCCCCACGAGGUUUUGGCCAACGAAGGACAUAAAAUAAAUGCCAUUUACUACAUAACCAAAGCCAUAAUACCACCUCUGAAUCGCUGCCUGCUUCUGAUUGGUGUCGAUUGUCAUGAUUGGUUUGCCCAGUUGCCAAGAAAACUUCUCCUAAUGCCAGCCAUGUCGACGGGAAAUCAACUGGUGCCCACUGCUCCUGCUGGCGGUGUUGGCAAAUCCACCAUAUCCCAGUAUUUCUCCACCACAAAUUGCAUUAUCGACUGCGGGGGUCAGACUAAACGAGGCAUCUGUCCAACUUGCCUCAAGCAGCCACAGCGAUGCCUGGCCACAUUGCAUGAUAAGAUGGCCCGGCUGGAGCGUUCCUAUCAUUUAACACAACAGAUUUGUCAAGCCUGUUGCGGACGUUUGGGUAAUUUGCAAUGCAAAUCUCUCGAUUGUCCGGUUCUCUAUGUCCUCGAAGUCAAACGUCAGGAUUUGCAACAAAUUACACAUUUUCGUCAAUUAAUCGAAGAACAUUUCUAAGGUGAUUUUGUUAUUUUUUUUCGAUUUAUCUGUAUAUAUAUAUAGUAAAAAUUACAUUCAGCCAUCUUAUACACUACAGAUACAGGAUGCAUGUGUGUGUGUGUGUGUAGUUAGUGUGAAUAUUGUUAA